GCUCUUUCAUGCCCCGACUUGCGACUCGUCCCCGUCGAAUCUACAUGGGCCGAUUGAAAUGGCUGGGCCUGCGAUGUGCGUGCGCAGGCAUCACCACAGGUGUCAAGCCGGACAAUGGCCUCGCAUCACCUCGCCUCGCCUUUUGGAAUGGUGCCUCGCACCUGCCGCUGCACCGCUGCCAGAGGCGCCGCUGCCGUGUGCAUGGUCCAGCCAGUAGCAUCCGUUCCCUGCCGCCUCUACACUCACAGACCCAUCAACAAUCACUUAUCUCCACAGUGAG